AUGCGGAUUGCGGAGGGGACGGCGAAGAUACUUGCCAGCAUCCCCCUCCCCGACGAGGUGGCCGCCGUGCACCGCCAGGCGGCGAUUGUGGACGUCGGCAGCUGGACCACGCGGAUCGGCUUCGCGGGGGAUGAUGCGCCCCGCAUUGACGCGCCCACGUGCGUCGUGAAGGGGGACGAAAAAGGGACCGCUGCACUGUGCCUGAAGAAGGCCUACGACCGUCGCGCCACGACGGAUGUGUCGCGCGUCAUAGAUGGUGGCGAGGUGGACUGGGAGGCCAUGGAGCAGCUGCUUUGCUACCUCGAUGACCUGCUGCAGCUGAGCUCCAAGGAGGUGAACACCCCGCUACUGCUGACGGAGAAGAUGCUGGUCCCGCGUCAGCAAAGGCAAAAGAUGGCGGAAAUUCUCAUGGAAAAACACGGGGUGAAUUCUAUUCACUUCUCCUUGAGCCCUGUGCUUGCGCUGUACGCUGCCGGUGUCUGCUCCGGCGUGUCCGUAGAGAUGGGCCACAACGCGUGCCAUGUCGUUCCUGUCUUUCAGGGCUACCCCUUGUUUCAUGCCACGCACGCGCUCAACUUCGCUGGAGACUUCUGCACGCGUUACAUGAUGUCUACAGGGCCCGAGCUGCCGUCGAUGGUGCACCCAAGCCACCGCAAGGACGUUUGGGCAUACGUAAAGGAAAAGUACUGUGAGUGCAGCCCGAGUGCCGCGCUGUUUAGAAAGGCGCGGGAGGAGGAGGCAGCACCCAACGCGGAUGGCUAUCGAGGCAGCAACAGUAGUGGUGGUGCAGGUCUGCGUGCAGUACAGUACCAGCUGCCGGAUGGCACCAUCAUCAGUCUUGACUCAAACCGUUUUGUGCCAGCGGAGAUGCUGCUUGACCCUGCGCUCCUCACAAGCGACCUCCUCGGCGGUGAUCAGACCCUCAUUGACAACAUGGAGCAGCUCCGCACCUCGACACAGCCCGAAGGUCUCCACAGACUCAUUCUGGACGCCGUAAGUAAGUGCGACCAGGACCUUGCACCCAUGUUGGAAAACGCGAUUCACCUCUCUGGAGGCUGUUCCCUGCUGCGUGGCUUCCCUGAACGGCUACGCAGUGAAAUUGACGCCGCUCUCUCCCACAACUGCAAUGUAGUUGCCCGCACCGAGCGUCGUCAUGCCGCCUUCGUGGGGGGCUCCAUUUUGGCGUCACUUCCGACCUUUCAAGGCUUCUGGGUGACUAAGGCGGACCACGACGAGUUUGGCUCCUCCGCGGUGCUGCGCCGCUGCUUUUGA